AUGUCCCUGAAGGACAAUAACCUUUGGUGGUCAGGUCCUUAUUGGCUUAAUGAAAAUUCAGAUAUUUGGCCAUCUUCAGACAUAUCCAUUACAGAGAUUCCAGAAGAAAGAAAAAUUAUUACUACAUUAACGAUAAGCACACUUCACGACUAUUCCAUUUUUGAGCGAUUUUCGAGUUAUAUUCGUUUAGUACAGGUGGUUGCAUAUUGUUUCAAGUUUGUUUCAAAUUGUCAGGCUAAAAAAAUAACGUCACAUGACAGUGUGUAUCACACAGGGGUCAACUUAACAGUUAGUGAAAUUCAGCGAGCCGAAAAUGCAUUGCUGCGUCUUGUACAAGCCGAGGUAUUUUCCGGUGAGCUGACUGCACUAAGAAAUAAACAGUUACUAUCAAAAAAUAGUCCAGUCAUUACACUCUGUCCAUUUCUAGAUGAAAAGGGAUUAAUGAGGGUGGGCGGCAGACUCCAGUACGCUACCCUCGAAUAUGAUCAAAAACACCCAGUCAUAUUACCGGCAAAGCAUCCAUUCAUAGAUCUUCUAAUUCGACAUGAGCAUAUUAGAUUGUUACACGCAGGAUGUCAGCAUGUAGUAGCGUCUUUGCGGGAACGGUAUUGGCCUUUGGCAUGCAAACGGAAUGUGAAACGAGUAAUUAAAAACUGUGUAAGGUGUUUUAAAGUAAAACCUCAAUCGGCCAUUUAUCUGAUGGGUCAACUACCUGCCGUUCGAGUGACACCUGCUCGUCCAUUCAGUACCUGCGGAGUAGACUACGCAGGCCCAUUUAUGACCAAAGAACGUGUUCGGACUAAGAUCUCUACGAAGGCGUACAUUUGUAUUUUCGUAUGUUUUGUAACAAAGGCAAUUCACAUAGAACUAGCUACAGACUUAAGUACAGAGGCAUUCCUGAAUUGUUUUAGGCGCUUUAUAGCACGGAGAGGUAAAUGUCAACGCAUCUUCUCAGAUAACGCUACAAAUUUUGUGGGGGCAAACCGUCAAUUAAAGGAAUUAAAGAGUUUUAUUACUGGGAGUACAUAUAAUAGUGAAGUAAAUUCUUUCUUGAACAAGGAGCAAAUAGAUUGUAAAUUCAUUCCUCCCCAAGCACCAAAUUUCGGAGGGCUUUGGGAAAGUGCGGUGAAAUCUGCUAAAUUUCACCUAAAACGAGUCAUUGGUGAACAAAAAUUGACAUUCGAAGAACUCUACACGCUACUAACACAGAUAGAAGCAUGCUUAAAUUCCCGCCCUCUCAGUCCCAUCUCUUCAGAUCCUACUGACUUCAAUCCGUUAACUCCCGGACAUUUUCUAAUUGGCAAUGCACCUAACGCGUUACCGGAUCAUGAUCUCAAAGAUGUACCUACUAAUCGAUUAGGCAGAUAUCAGUUAAUCCAACAGAUGUUCCAACACUUUUGGCAACGGUGGCAUCGAGAGUACAUCCACCAACUACAACAGCGGAAUAAAUGGCAUAUCACAUCGCCUCAGAGGAUAAUGGAAGGGACUUUGGUUAUACUCAAGGAAUGCAAUUUACCUCCACUACGGUGGUGUCUUGGGAGAAUCACGCAACUACAUCCAGGAAAAGAUGGGGUAGUACGUGUUGUAUCCAUCAAAACCAUCGAUGGAGAGUAUAAAAGGCCCUUAACCAAACUUUGUAUAUUACCCAUAGAAGAUAACAAUUUAACAACUUAG